AUGGCCGAACUUGCCGCAUCUAUCGCGGGUAUCGGGAGUUUUGUUCUCCAACUUGGCCAGUGCUUGGUUGCUCCGAUUGGGCGUCCAUUUAAGUACUUGUACAAUUACAAGAAGAACAUUGACAACCUUCAAGGUGAAGUUAGGAAGCUGAAGAACACAAGAGAGGAAGUGCAGGUUAAGGUUACUGCUGCUGAAAGAAACGUGGAAGAGAUCAACCAGAGUGUUAAAGACUGGCAGAAGGAUGUUGAGAAGACCAUUACUGACGCAGAGAAUUUGAUUGAAGAGAAAGAAAACAAUCCUCGAUGUUUCAAGGGAUUGUGCCCCAACUGGAUCACCCACUACAAAGAUAGCAAGAAAGCAUGCAAGUUAAAGGAGAAUAAUAUCAGUCAACUCCUAGAUAAGAAUAAAUUUCCAUUCCUACAGCAAGAAGGUAAAGUUGCCCAUCCUACUAUUCCUCAGGAGAUCUGGCUUAGAUCUAAUGAAGAUUAUUUGGCUUUCCAAUCAAGAACCUCCACUGAGAAGAAUGUAUGGGAUGCACUAAAUGAUGAGAAUAUCUACAUGAUCGGUGUUUACGGGAUGGGUGGUCUUGGGAAGACCACGCUUGUGCAGGAAGUUGGUAAGAAAGCGGAGAAGGAAAAGCUAUUCGACGACUUUGUUUUUGUUGAGGUAACAGAAACUCCUGAUAUCAAAAAAAUUCAAACAAUAAUUGCAAAAAAGUUAGGUCUUAAAUUCGAAAAUGGGGAGGAAGAUGAGAGUGAAAGAGCAAAUAAUAUUUGGGAAGAGCUAGAUUUGAAGACGGUGGGAAUUCCUUCUGGAGCUGAUCGUGGAAGAAGCAAAAUGUUGAUGACAACAAGAAAAGAAGAUGUGUUGGAGAAGAUGGGUUCCACAAAUAAUUUUAGGAUGAACAUUUUAAAUGAAGUGGAAGCUUGGAGGCUAUUCAAGAUAAUGGCAGGUAAUGUUAUUCAAAGACGUGAACUGCAUUCUUUACCAAAUGAUGUAUGUAAAGAAUGUGGAGGUUUGCCCAUUGUCAUUUGUACAAUAGCAAAAGCAUUAAGGAACAAGAGACAAGAACCUCAAUGGGAAGAUGCCUUGCGAGUACUAAGAAUGCCUUCUCCAGCACAGUUCCCAAGACUUUUGGAAAAAGAAUAUUAUAAGAUUAAGUUGAGUUAUGAUUAUUUAGAUCAUGAUGAGCUCAAGAAAACUUUCAUAAUUUCUAGCCUAAUGGAAAAUAAUACUUCCAUUUCAGACUUGUUCAAGAAUAUUGUUAGUUUAGGUAUACUUGAAGGAGCUAACCUUACAAUAGAACAAGCACGAAAUAGACUGGAUUUAGUGGUCAAAGAACUCAAAGACUCUUGCUUGUUACUUGAUGGUUAUAACAAAGAAAGAUUUUCCAUGCAUGAUGUUGUUCGCAUUGUUGCUAUAACAUGUGGAUAUUUAGAUCACUAUGUGUUUACAGAGAGAAAUGACAUUGAAAGCGAAUGGAAGGAUAAAGAUAAACUUCAAAAAUGCACAAUUAUCUCUUUAGUUGGUAAUAACAUUAUUACUCAACUUUCGCCUGAAGGAUUAGAUUGUCCAGAACUUGAAUUUUUUGAUAUGAGUAAGAGGGGUUCUUCUUUCAAAAUCCCAAAGGGCUUUUUCAAGCUAAUGCCGAAGCUCAGGGUAUUGAAUUUAUUUCGACUACAUCAAUCAUUGUUGCCGCUGUCAAUUGAUCUUUUGACAAACCUUCAAACAUUGUGUUUAGACUAUAGCAAAAUUAAAGAUUUUGCUAUUAUCGGAAAGCUUAAGAAGCUAAAAGUCCUUAGCUUGCGAAAUACUGAUAUUGAGGAGUUGCCUCUAGAAAUUGGUCAAUUGAUUGGGUUAAAGUUUUUAGAUUUAAGCAAUUGUAGGCAAUUAGAAGUUAUUGCACCAGAUGUGAUAUCAAAAUUAUCGCAAUUGGAAGAAUUGUAUAUAAAGGGAUGCCAAAUUUGGUGGAAGGUUGAAGUACUCAAGGAGUUCAAGCACUUAUCUCGACUGACCAAUUUAGAAAUAGAUAUUAAAGAUAAAAAAAUGUUGCCUAAAGACUUCUUUUCCAAAGAGCUUAAAAAGUAUAAAAUAUCAAUAGGAGAUUGGUCAUCCCGAUAUCCAAAAAUUUAUGAAAAUGAGAUUUUGAGGAUGUUGGAAUUUAAAUUUAAUUCUACCAUCUCCCUAGAAGAAAUUCGUGGAAUCAAGAAUGUUGAACUCUUAAGCUUAGCCGAAUCUUCAGAUGAUGAGAAAGAUCUUGCGGAGGAUAUGCAAAAAAGAGGUUCAGAGGGUUCAUCUAGAGAUGCUUUAACUACUAAGGGACGAAACCUUGGUAGGAAUUCUAAUAAGUCUACGACUGGGGAAAUUGUGAGGCUGCAGGCAUCAGUUGUAAGAAAUUCCUCUUUGUGGUUAUGUUUAGGAAAAGAAGGUGAAAAGAACUUGAUUUCGCAACAUUGUGGCAUUAGCGAUGGAGCACAUUGGGGAGCCGACUUUGUCUACUUUGGUGACUCAAAAUGGCUGAAGGAUGGCAUCAAGGGUACAAAUUGUGGAAUCUUAUUUGAUAAUGUAGACCCUAUAGAAUUUGAUCAUGAAGAUAAAUUUGAUAGUGUGGUUGAUAAGGGUUUUGUGGAUGGUUCAGAGGAUGAUUCUGAUGAUGAGUAUGUGGUGUUGCCAACUUUAGAAGAUCCAAGAGUUAGAAGGGCACCAGUUCGUUUCUCUCUAAGUGCCUUGAUUGGUUGCAUACAAUGA